AUGGCAUCUUAUAUGCGAAAAAAUGGCCGAACACCAUACUACAUAAAAAAAUCAGUUCAAUCAGUACUCUCUCAAUCGUACUCCAACUGGGAACUGUUCGUUACUGGGGACAAGUACGAAAACGAAACAGAAUUUCGCUCACUUUUCUCGCGUAUACCACCGUCAAAGUUAUUUCUCCACAAUCUACCAGAACAUGGAGAACAAGGUAAACUAACUGGCUAUCAAUUAUGGCAAAGUGGUGGUGUUUCAGCUAUGAACAAUGCAUUACAGCGAGCUUAUCAACAUCAUAAUAUUUGUAGAUCAAAUUGCAACAUAUAUUUUACUAAUCUCGAUGAUGAUGAUACUUGGUCUCCAGACCAUCUAAGUGAACAUCUAUCGAUCUUCACGCGCUUUCCAUCAGUAGUUUUUGCAUGGUCUAAAGGAUACUAUUGCGGUGUUGGCGGCAACCCAUAUCCACCUACAACAGUCCCACAAGACAAAGUCAACAAUUGGCCGGCAAGUUUUGGUAGUAACAUACUACAUUCUUCUUGGUCAUGGAAAAUGGAAGUUUUUCGAGGUUUCCAAUACCGUGCACAAUGGGAUUUUCCUCCAAAUUAUACGGGACCAAGAGAAGCGGACGCUGAUUUGUUUGAAGUAAUACGUGCAUAUAUUACCGAAAACAAGUUACAUUACUAUCACAGCAAUCGAGCUACAAUCGAACAUCUCGUCGAAAUGGGAAAAAUGUGUCCUAAAAAUGGACCAUUAUUUUAUCCUGACUAA